AUCAGUUCAUCCUUACAAUGUUUUAUUCCUCUGGCCCUUCUUGGGCUGGGCCCACUUUUAUAGACUCAUGGAGUUGUUAUUUUUUUUGGAGACAGAACUGUUUGAGGCUCUGCUUUGAUAUCACAAGAUGAGAAGCUGUUUCUCAUCUAAGUGUCAUGCUAAGUGUCCUCCCGGGGUGCAUGUCUGGGCGAUGUUACAUUCACAUGCUCUACCCGCCUUCCUCCUGAAGGCUCACUUCCACACCCUACGGCUUUAAAUUCUGGCAAGUGAUGAACAGCUCUGAGACUGCAGCUUCAUGGCCCUCAGACCCAGCCUCAGGCAGGGAUCACUUGGUCACAGGGGUAGGUUUAUGGCUUUUGAUCUAUUUGUCCAAUUGUGCGAAGGAUGCUCUCUGAAUCUGAUGUACCACUUUGAUUUGCUGCUGUUUUCUCCUGCCAGUUCGCUAUGAUAAGGUAAGAGAAUACUUUGGACUUGAUGGAGGGAGUCAGAUUCGGGUCUGAGAUGUGUUUUCUGCGUAACAACGAGAUGGGACCCAGCGAUGUAGUCUGGCAGGUGGGUACUCACCUUUCCUGAGAGAUGCCAUCUGCCUGGAUGGAGGAUGGGCCAUGACACCCUGGUGACCCGGGGGACACGGCCACAGUGGUGGCUGGUGUUCACAAGCGGGCAUAAGGGACUGCUCCCGGCAGUCCCUCCUGUCUGAAGCCACUGCCACGAUCAGUGGUGCUGGGGAGAGAAGGGCCCUCUCUCUGGGUCCAGGCAGCCCAGGCCCCUUCGUGCUGCCACUCAGGAGAGAUCCGGAGUCACCACCACUGCCCAGCCAUGCUCAGGACCCUUGGGCUGGCCCUGCUGGCCCUGGUCAUCAUCGUGAACCCGAGCCAGGCCAGCGGCUUCACAGAAAAAGGCCUCUCUCUGCUUGGCUUCCGGCUGUGCAACUACAGCGUGACCCGGAGAGUGCAGAGCGUGGAGGCUGUGCAGAUGUCCCGCCUGACCCGUGUUCCCUGCGGCGGCUGGAUCCCCUGGCGGCGCUGCCCCAAGACCGUCUACCAGACCCGGUACCUGGCAGUGGAGGUUCCGGAGCCCAGGAAUGUGACUGACUGCUGUGAGGGCUACGAGCAGCUGGGCCUUUACUGUGUUCUGCCCCUGAACCGGUCUCAGGAGUUUGCCUCCAGACCUGGGAGCUGCCCGGUGGUGGGGCUGGAAGCGUCCGCCUUGCCGUGCACCCUGGAUGCUGACUGUCCUGGUCUUCAGAAGUGCUGCCCCUCAUCAGGGGGCCACCGCUGCUCAGCCCCUGCAGCCCCAGCUCCAGACAGCAAGCGGGAGGGUUGCUGGUACAACGUGACAGUUGUGGUGAAGAUGGACUUCAAGGAGCUCCAGCAGGUGGACCCACGGCUUCUGGAUCACAUGAGGCUCCUACACUCCAUGGUCACCAGUGCUCUGGAGCCUCUGGACACCACUGUCCACCACCUGCACUCGGCCGGGAGGGACACCUCGACCACAGUGUCCCGGCUGCUGCUGGGCCUGCCAAGGCCGGUGCCCGUGGCCCGUGUCUCCGCAGUGCUGGACGGUGUGGUGAAGCGCAUCUAUGAAGUGAUCAAUGUCCAAGUGCAAGACGUGAACGAGUGUUCCUAUGGUGAACUCAACACCUGUUCGGGAAGGGAACUGUGUCUGAACGUGGAGGGCUCGCACCAGUGUGUGGAUUACCUGAAGUCACCCGGCUCGUCUCCCCCGGAGCUGGACGGCACGUGUGCAGAUUACCCUCCCAUCAGAGACCUCGUGAUCCUCAAUGUCACCAGCAGCAGCUUUCAAGUGUCCUGGAGCUUAAACUCCACCCAGAACCACACUUUCUGGGUGCAGGUUUACCGGGGUGAAGAGUUGUUCAGGAGUGCCAGCACCCCUAGGACGAGUCUGGAGGUGGCCGGGCUGGAGGCUGGAGUGAGGUAUGGGGUGAAGACCAGCUACCAGGCGUGCGGGGCCAACAUCACUGCCAUGGUCACUGUCAGGACUGAUGCCCGAGUGUUUGAAGUCACGGUCAGGAUCCUAAACCGCAGCAUGACGGAGGGGCUGCUGGACCGCGGGAGCCCCGAGUUCCAGGACUUCUCCCAGCAACUGAUGCAUGAGGUCGCCACUUCCUUGCCACCGGCCAUUUCCGACUUGUACCGAAGAGGGAAGCUGAGGCUGCAGGUCGUGUCUCUCCGGACCUGAAGCGUGGUGGUGAGGCUCAGGCUGACCAUGUGGGACCCUGAGUUCCCAGUGGGCGUGUCCACGCUGGCCCCUCUGCUCCCGGCUCUGUGGGCGAGCACCGUGUUCCAGGUUGACCAGCAGGGGACACACGUGCAAGACUGGGACGAGUGUGCAGACAGCCUGGAGCACGACUGCUCGCCGGCGGCCCAGUGCAUCAACCUGGAGGGCUCAUAUACCUGCCGGUGCCAGACAACCAGGGAUGCCAACCCCUCCAGACCGGGCCGGGUCUGUGACGGUGACAUGCAGAGCCCUGUGGACAUGUCGUCUCCAGUGACAGAGGUCACAGCCUCGGUUCCCAGCACAGAAGCAACAUCCUUCAGUCUGGAGACCCCUGCCUUGUUCCCUGGCCCUGGACACCUAUGGAGCACCCCUGCAGCAGGCCAGGCCUGGACCCUAGGGCUCCCACCUAGGAGAGGAGUCAGCGGCUUGGGCAGCCACAGUGGUAACAGCACCGGGCAUGGCACGAAGGCUAGCGUGGCCCCCGGCCCAGGGACCGGCCAGUGGACGGCCAGCAGGGUGGCCUUCUCCCCCAGGGUUCCUGGGCCAACCCACAGCUCCUCUCCUGGGGCCACGGACAGCCUUCCAGUCACCCCUGGACAGUCCCCCCCUAACUCUACCGUGGAGCUGCCCUUCUGGCCCACUCCUGCCCCGAAUCCCACGGGCCACAUCGAGUGGCACUCCAGCCUCCCCAUGAGGGACACACCCCCAGCACCUCUGGACCCCACGUGGGUGCAGAACUUGGACCCUGGGCCCUUCAGCUCUCCAGAUCAGCCCUUGGCCCCCACGCCUGCAUCUCUGAAGACCCCGGCCUGCGCUCCCAUCCCCAUCGGAAGGGUCACUGUCUCCAAUGUGACCAGCACGGGCUUUCACGUGGCCUGGGCGGCGGAUCCUACCCUGCGCUCCACUUUUCAGCUCAGCCUGGUUUCUGCUCGGAGCCCCACCAUGCACCUGCAGACCCGGAAAGCAAGCCUCACGCUGUCAGGCCUGGAGCCCGGCGUCCUGUACCUGGUGGAGAUCGUGGCCAGAGCAUGUGGUCAAGAAAGUGCCAGAGCCCAACUGAAAGUGAGGACAGCGGCUCAGAAGCUCAUUGGGAAAGUCCGAAUAGUGAACGUCAGGUAUUUAGAACCCUUCAGCAACACCAGCAGCGAGCAGUCCCAGGCCUUCCUGGAGCUCUUCCUGAGGACGGUGCGGAAUUCCUUGCCAGCCUUCAUACUUCAGCACCUGGACACAGGCGGGGUGCGCAUAGAAGUGACCCGCAUCUCCAAUGGGAGCAUCGUGGUGGAGUUCACCUUGCUGGUCCUCGAAGACGUGGAUGUUCGGGAGGUGUCUGCUGCAUUCCUGGCUGCCUUUCGGAACACCUCUCUGCUGGAGGUGGUCGGAGGCGACACCUUCAUAGGGGAUUAUGAUGAGUGUGCAAGCCAGGAGGAUGACUGUGCCCCAGGCUCUGCCUGCCGCAACACGCUGGGCUCCUUCAUCUGCAGCUGUGAGGGAGAUGCCCCUGACCUCCUGGUGGAAUUUUCUGGAAGACCUUGCGAAGGUGACUCUCCUGGCAACACAACCCAGGCCCCUGGCCCAGAACAGCCCCUGACCCCAACAGGAGCUGGAGCUACCUCUGGGCAGGGUGCCCUCCCUGCCUCCCAGGGCGUGUCCCCACGGCUGAACCUGACUGGGGCGGUCAGGGUGCUCUGCGAGAUCGAGAAGGUGGCCCUUGUCAUCCAGAGGCGCUUCCUGCAGCAGGAGGGCAUCCCCGAGUCCUCGCUCUACCUGGGGCAGCCGUCCUGCAACGUCAGCGACCGAAACAGCACACACGUGACCCUGGCAGCCGCGUGGAACGAGUGCGGCACCGCCCUGCAGAGCAACAUGACCACUACGGUGGUGAGGACCACGCUGAGGAACGACGUGUCCCCAGAGGGCAUCAUCCACCACAUGAAGAUUGAGAGCCCCAUCCACUGUGCCUUCCAGAAUGACCUCCUGACCUCAUCCGGCUACACGCCCGAGUGGGGGGUUUACACCAUCAUUGAGGACCUCCACGGCGCUGGAAGUUUUGUCACUGAAAUGCAGUUAUUUAUUGGAGACUCUCCAAUUCCUCAAAAUUACAGCGUGUCUGCCAGCGAUGACGUUAAGAUCGAAGUAGGGCUCUAUAAACAGAAAAGCAACCUGAAGGUGGUCCUGACCGAGUGCUGGGCCACGCCAUCCAGCAACGCCAGGGACCCGGUCAUGUUUGGCUUCAUUAACAACAGCUGCCCCAUCCCCAAUACACACACGAACGUGAUCGAGAACGGCAAUUCCAACAAGGCCCGGUUUAAGCUGAAAAUCUUUUCCUUCAUCAACAACUCCAUAGUCUAUUUGCACUGCAAACUCCGCAUCUGCAUGGAAUCCCCUGGAGCCACGUGCAAAAUAAACUGUGAUGACUUUCGGUCACUGAGAAGCAGCGAGCCAUCCGUGAUGCACCAGAUGUCCUGGGGACCCCUGAUUCGGUCUGAAGGGUCACCUCCGGCGGCAGGGCCAGGCCUGGGAGCCGGCUACCUGGUCCUCAUUGUGGGGGCUGCCUGCGCCUCGGUGGCUGGGGCAGCUGCCCUCCUCGUCCGGCAUUACCAGAGAAUGACUGGAAAAUACGACUUCAAAGCCGGGUCGGACAACUUCAGCUACCAGACGUUCCACGAGUAAGGAGCCUGGCUGCCCCGCAGGCUUCGAUGAGCCCCAGAGGUGGAGAACGCACAGACUAUGCCUACCCCCAGAAGGCCCGUCCUCCAUGUGGGUCCCAGACAAGCAGCAGUGCCAGGAGGGUGGAGAAGCAUGCAGGAGCCUGGACGCCAGGAGCCCCAGACACACGGAUUUUCAAACCAAGCUCCAAUAAACAGCUCUGCCAUCACCCAAUCACCGCCACCACCCAGAGCACCCAGCCCUGUUACCACCCCAAGUGGUCCAAGCCCCUGUCUUGGCUUUGCUCACUAUUGACACCUAUCACCUACCACCCAACCACCCAUCCAUCCUUGUGCCCCUCUGUUAAAUACA